AUGAAGUUUCCUCCGUGCACCGUCUGUCGCUCCGUCCGGUAUCGCCGCAACGACUCGGGCGGCUACAACUGCAUCAACGGCCACGAGCUCCAGCAUUACAGAGAAGAGGUCGAGGACGACGAAGCCCAUAUCGGCCAUCUCCGCACCCGCCUGACCCGCAAACGAGCGCCCCCGCCCGACUCUGAAGAAGACCGAGCCUCUGACUACGACGCACUCGAUCACUAUGUGAUUCCGUACAGUAUCCGGGCCGAGCUCUAUCAGCUACUUCUGCGGGCCCAAAUCGAGGCUCUGACCAAGCACCUCUCGCUUCAAAACCACGGCGAGAUCGAGAGUACGGCCCUGGAGCUCUGGAUGCUGUAUAUCACCCGAAGCAACAUCAAUCUCGACGAUCGUCUCAAGGGCCGUGCUCACAGAUCGCGCAAGGUCGCCCAAGACAGCACGAGUAUGUGGGCCAAGAACACCGAAAUAUCGGACCAGACACGGCUUCCUGGCUCGAUGCGGCACCAUUCGUCCAUAAAGUUCAAGCUCAACUACCAUGUCACACUGGUCGUCUGCUAUGUUGCCUGUCUCAUCCAUCGCGUACCUGUGAUGGUCGGGGAUCUUCUGAGAUGGGCGUCGAACGAAGUCAUUCCAUAUUCACUCAAGUCGAUCGACCUGCCGGUAGAGCUCAAGACGAUUGCUGGAAUAGACAUAUUCCCAAUCCCGCCCCUGUACCCCGACAGAUUUCUCAAGUUUGCUCAAACGUGCAUCGAAAUGUACAUUUCCGACUUCCUUGUCCUCUUGCCCUGUCCAAACUGGCCGCUGCUAUGGGUUCGGAUCCUGAAAGAGACUCGGCUGCCAUUGGCGAUAUACGCCAUCGCCGACCAGUUCAACAACAUCGUCAAUAAUUUCCGGGUGCCUCGGGACUACAAAGCACACAGCCAAAUCACCAUGAUCGUCCCAAUUGUAGCCACAGUUCGGAUGAUCUAUGGUCUAGAUGGCAUUUCGAGGAAAGAGCCUCCCGAAUCACACCUCAAUAUUGCUGCGCGGCUCAUGCCGCUCGACGAGUGGCUGCGGUUCAUGGUCGACAAGUUCGGCUCAGAUACAGGAUACAUGUCCUGGAACUUUAGCAACAAAGGUCGCCCGCUUUCGGGUCACCAGGUGGUCGAGUAUUCAAAGUUUGUCAGCCGGAUUACCACAGCCAGAGGCAAUCCGAACAUCCACGACAUCAUAGCCACCGCUCUCAAACAACCAAGUGGCCGUGCUGAUACCGGCUUGAGCCAGCGCCAAGUCCAGACGAUGCGUGAUGGCGAUGCUGUCCCCGCGCAUUUGGCAGCGUCGCAGCAAGAGCUCGUUCCCUCCGAAGAAGCAGGCCACGACGAUGGUGACGGCGACAACGACGACGACAACGACGACAACAACAACAACAACAAUGACGAUCUGCAGCUCGCUUAUGGCGAUCAUAUGCGCAUUUUCUACUCGACGCGCAGAAAUCGCAGUGCCUCGUACUAUCUGUCGGCUUCUCAGAUGCCCGUGCAUCAUCACCAGUAUGCAAUCGUCCUCGACUGCUUCUCGAGGAUCGUUGGCUGCAUCAUUGAGGAUCUGGAGGAACAAGUCUCCAAGUUUGUAGUAACCCUGGAUGCCCUCACGCCCUAG